UGACGAUUCAAGCACGAUCCAGGAACGACAAGCGACGAUUCAAGAAAAAGCUGCCGUAUUGUGUGUACUGGCUUUACCAAAUCUUGAUCAUUGUUGCUGUCGUGGAGUUGCUGUUGAAAGAGUCUGUUAUAUCAAGAGUUAUAAG